AUGCCCUUCUUCUACUCCGCCAGCACAAGCUGGAACGUCUCCUCCAACAUCAAUCGAAAUGGCCACAUGAGCUCGCACUCCUACUCCGAGCAAAGCCGUACCACCCCCGAGGGGACGACGGUGCGCACCGCCUACCAGCAAAACAACGACCCCGUCGAGUUCACCGAGCAGCGCUUCGGGCCCGGGCAGAACCGCCUGCACCGCUCCGGCGACCAGAACACCACCCGUCGUGUCGAGGAUGUGACGGACCAGGAAACAUGCCGAUGCGGCCAGCGGGAGAUCAAAGAGGCUCCUGUUGAGAAGAAGAAGAACGAGCUUGACGCGAAGAAGGAGUGA